AAGGCCUCGGUGGCGUCCGUUGCCAGGCGCGCACGCGCAGUCGUUCCCCCGAGCAGGCAAAAUGGCGGCGCCCGUGGACCUGGAGCUGAAGAAGGCAUUUACUGAACUUCAAGCAAAAGUCAUUGAUACCCAGCAAAAAGUGAAACUUGCAGAUAUACAAAUAGAUCAGCUAAACAGGACAAAGAAGCACGCACAUCUUACAGACACAGAGAUUAUGACCUUGGCUGAUGAGACACGAAUGUAUGAAGGUGUAGGAAGAAUGUUUAUCCUUCAGUCCAAAGGAGUAAUUCACAACCAGCUCUUAGAAAAGCAAAAAAUUGCAGAAGAGAAAAUUAAGGAAUUGGAACAGAGAAAAUCGUACUUGGAGCGAAGUGUCAAAGAGGCUGAAGAUAACAUACGGGAGAUGUUGAUGGCGAGAAGGGCACAGUAGCUGCUUCCGCCCCACAGCUGCCCCCUUCUUGUCUUUGGACUGAGCAGAGAAAAGUCUCAAUGCAGAAGAAAGACCCAAGGAACUCAGGUUGUGCAGCGAAGUUCUGUCCCACCCCCUCCUAUUGUUUGAUGCACCAAUAAAUUCUACCCGGAUGGA